CAAAACGGUCUCGUGGCAUUUUCGUAAAUCGGAUCACGUUUUAGGGGUAUACACUAGCUCUUGCACGUGGUAAUGGUGUUCGUUGUGUGGCAAAAUUGGUAAAUUAAAGCCGAAUCGCGGGGCAAUGGUAUAUGCUCCCACGUGCUAGGUCCGGAGGACAUGCGUGACCUCAUGUAGUGGUAAUUUCGUAAAUAUAGGGUCAAAUCUCGGGCAAACAAGGUACUUCAAAUUAUUUGUUUUAUUUUGGAUGAAAGUUAAUAACUCCUCUUCUCUGGCACGAGAGAGUUGAUGAUUAGCUUAAGCUCCUUCAUCUUCUUCUCCAAUUCCCGGAUUUUUCUUCUUCUUCUUCCUCUGAUCACCGGAAAAUUCACCUCUUUCGAAUUCGCCGAGCAUCUUGAUCCGCCGCGUUCAUCUUAAACUACCUUUUUCCUCAAUUCGAGAAGGUGAAGCAGCCAACAAGUUACUGCAACUAUUUUCCACGAUUUUUUGCUUUCCUCAAGAUUCUCGCCGUCGGAUUUUUCUCGGUGAGAGCAUUUCUCUCCGACGGAAAAUCCAAGUUGCAUAUCUUUUCGGAGAUUGGAAAGUGUUGGUGCACGAAGUGUCGAUUCGUUUGUUUUCUUAUGCCAGAUCUGAUAUAUAUUGCUUGAACCGAAGAUAUAGGAACUCUUUCUCGGGUUGAGUUAGCUCGAGUUUGCUGCGAAUUGUCUCUUUGAUCUACCUGAAGAAACAGAGAGUAGUGAUGACGUCGGGGACGAGAAUGCCGACAUGGAGGGAGAGAGAGAACAACAAGAGGAGAGAGAGGCGACGGAGAGCAAUCGCAGCAAAGAUCUUCACAGGAUUAAGAAUGUACGGUAACUACGAGCUUCCGAAGCAUUGCGACAACAACGAAGUGCUUAAAGCACUCUGCAACGAAGCUGGUUGGAUCGUCGAACCUGAUGGAACUACUUACCGCAAGGGAUGUAGUAGACCUGUAGAGCGUAUGGAGGUAGGUGGCGGUUCAGCAACCGCUAGUCCUUGCUCCUCCUAUCAGCCAAGUCCGUGUGCUUCUUAUAAUCCUAGCCCAGGCCCCUCCAACUUCAUGAGUCCUGCUUCAUCCUCAUUUGCUAAUCUUACCUCUGGAGACGGCCAAUCACUAAUCCCCUGGUUGAAACACCUCUCAACAACAUCAUCCUCAUCAGCUUCUUCGUCAUCAAGACUCCCUAAUUACCUCUACAUCCCUGGAGGCUCCAUAAGCGCUCCUGUAACCCCUCCUUUAAGCUCUCCAACAGCUCGUACCCCGAGGAUGAACGCUGAUUGGCAACAACUCAACAACUCCUUCUUUGUCUCCUCAACACCGCCAAGUCCCACGCGACAAAUCCCUGACUCUGAAUGGUUCUCAGGGAUUCAACUAGCACAAAGUGUUCCAGCUUCACCAACGUUUAGCCUCGUCUCACAAAACCCAUUCGGAUUCAAAGAAGAAGCAGCCUCUGCUGCUGGAGGGGGAGGCGGGUCAAGGAUGUGGACACCAGGUCAAAGCGGAACUUGCUCACCGGCUAUUCCUCCUGCUGCUGACCAGACAGCAGAUGUUCCAAUGUCUGAAGCCGUGGCUCCUCCAGAGUUUGCUUUCGGGAGUAACACAAAUGGGUUAGUGAAAGCAUGGGAAGGAGAGAGGAUACACGAGGAGAGUGGUUCAGAUGAUCUUGAGCUCACCCUUGGAAAUUCAAGCACCAGGUAACUCCAACCCACAUGUACAUUUUCAAACCCGGUUGAACCAAAACCGUUCUUGAUAUAUGUUUCUCCAAUUUUUAUUUCAAUUGUUCUCUUCCCAUGUAAUGCUCAAAGUUGAAACACAGCUUAUAAUAUUCGUUUCUCUGUCCCCGACGA